AUGCCAAAAACCCAUCAUUAUACUGUCAUUGUUGCUGUUUUGCUGUUAGCGCUUGGGAGCUUGCAAAAGUCGUCGAGGCUGAGCGAUGGAAUAGCAAACAUUUACGGAUACACGGAGGUUGUCCCUGAAACAACAAAUCAAUAUGAAGCAAUUCCAACCAAACUGGAUUCGGAUGGGGAGGUUGUACCUCAAUCGAGUCAAUCGGAAGCAGAUGGAACUUACCUGGAUUCUGAUAUGGAGGAUGCUCGAGAAACGAGUCAAUCUGCAGCAAUACCAGAUUCCGAUGAACAUUCUGAUGAAGAUGAGGUUGCAUCUCCAGCAAAUCACUCUGAAGCAAAUGUAACAGAAUUGGAUUCCGAUGAGGAUUCCGAUGAAGAUUCUGAUGAAGAUUCCGAUGAAGGUUCCGACGAAGAGGUUGCAUCUGAAACAAGUCAGUCUGAAGUAAAUGCAACAGAACUGGAUUCUGACAUGGAGGUUGCUGGUGAAAAGAUGAGUCAAUCUUCCGAAGGUUCUUUUGCAUACGUAUACUUGCUUGGAGGUGUCGAUCCAGAUAAACCAAAGACUUACCUCGGAUUUUUGUACAAUGUAUUUGCAUCAACAUUCAUUCUACGAGACGAUGGAUCAAAAGCAGAUGUUGUAGUCUAUUUGCAAUGGAAGGACCCAGACAAGAACAACACCCUGCGUGAAUCCGAAAACCGUGUUCUGAAAGAGAUGAAUAUUACGCUUAAGAUUCGUUCGUUGUCCAAAACGAAUGAUCACUUCUUUGAAAGACUGAUGAUGGAAAAGUUCAAUCUAUGGAACAUGACGGAGUAUGAGAGAAUUAUGUAUCUUGAUGCCGACGUGAUGCCACUAUGCAAUUUGGAUUACAUUUUUCAUAGUAGCAAGGGCCCAAAUGCCUUCAUCAAGCCAAACAUGAUCUUCCCUGGAAUCAGAGUUCCAGCAAAUGGUGGGGCCUUCCUGCUGGAACCCUCCACAAAAGACUAUGAACGACUGCAAUUCCUCAUCGACCAACGAUUCAACCAGUCCUGGGAUAAGAUUCGGGGCUGGGGCAGAGCAAUUGAACCCAACGAGACAUGGUUCAAUUUUGAUGGAACUACGAAAGGAAACAAUUGGGACUUUUACGCUGCGCAUGUUGAUCAAGGGUUGCUUUGGCAUUGGAUGCGAUAUGAGAUAGGUAACUUUACUGCUCCCUAUCCGUAUCCUGAUGGCAAGGAUUUUAAGAAUGGAUUCAAUCGGUCCCACGCUGUGAUCCAAAAUUGGUCAGGAGGAAAACUUGAAUCGACAAAAUCCUUUAAUUUCAGCCAAUACUCGUGCCUACCCCGGCAUUGGGAGAAAAAGAAUUUGCGGUUCGUCCAGCGUCCAUGGUUCAAAACAUCGCUGUACUGGUAUCCGUUCCAUUCGGAUAUCAUACAUUUCAUGGAGAAAACAAAACCAUGGUUGAUUGAACCUCCACCAUUGGAAAAACUCUUUGAUAGAUCCAAAGCUCGUGAUGGCACACGCUAUUGGUUCUAUGCCCUCAAGGAAGUUGAUCGGCUAUACAAUCUUGGCGUCGAUUGGUCAAGUUUUGGAAAGGGCAUGAAGGUGGCGCAUACCAAACCAAGAACAAAAAACGUGACAUGA